AUGCAAUGGUUCGAGGAUGUUGUGGAUGGAGCAAAAAAAGAAGAAGAAGAAGAAGAAGAAGAAGAUCAGAAAAGAACGACCAAAUCUCAAAAAAGCAUCAAGAAACAUACAAAUUAG